GGGGGACAAGGUGUUUCAGAUACGAGAAGCUCAAUCAACUCAGGCCGUCAGUAAAGACGAAUACACACUUUAAACACAACGCAGAUACUGAUACAAACACGUAGCUUAAUAACGAUGAGUGUAAAGAUAUAGUUUAGACAAAUUUUGAUUUAUUUCUUGAUCAAAAUCUUGUUUAAAAACCUGUAAUUAGGCUUUUAAAAAAAAGUUCUAUUCUACAAAUACCUUAAAACGGUUUCCAGAAAACAUUUGUCAUCUUCUGCCAUUUACUAUUAUGAAACCUGAUGGUGCACAACUGUUCCUGGUCUCUCUCUCUCUCUCUCUCUCCUUCUCCUCAACUUCCCCCCUCUCUAUCUUUCUCUCUCUCUCUCUAUCUCCCUCUCCUCAACCUCCCCCCUCUCUCUCUCCUCUCCCUCUCCUCAACCCUCUCUCUCUUUCUCUCUCCCUCUCCUCAACCUCCCCCUCUCUCUUUCUCUCUCCCUCUCCCUCUCCUCAACCUCCCCCUCUCUCUCCCUCCUCUCUCUCCCCCACAGUGUCUCAUUUCCAUCGCACCUGACUCUGAGGCGCCUCUCGACGCCCACGAUCUCUCCGAGCCGCCGCCAUCCCCGGUCGCAGGACUUGUCCAACACGUCACACAGCUUCUUCACCAGCGCCUCCCUCAGCAGGUGGAUCUUCGUGGAUCUGUCCGAGGAGUCCGACAUGAUGACCGACAGCUGGGGGAGGUCACCAUCAGAACCGGAGGCUCGCGCGUGUCUCGCCGCAAAACAGCCUCAACUUUCAAACAUCCGAAAAAGUUUUACUUCCUGGAACGAAGCGACCCAGACACGCCCACUGCGCCCGGGCCAAAGGGGAGACGUGCGUCAAGAUGAUUCACUGUAGGUGAACUUUAAAGGGAUAGUUCACACAAAACUUUAAGAUACACACAUUAUCUACUCACCUCGCUGUUAAUGUGGCAGUUUCGAGUCACAGGAGCAGCAUGGAGGCAUGUUUUGGUUUUAUUUGUUUGAAGAAGUGGUCACCAGUUACCAGCUAAGUGGAUUCUGCUGCAACGCAGUUUUACCCCUGAAACUCUAAAAGUGUUUUUUCAUACUCCAAUGCUCCAUCGGCAGAGUGGUGAGUAGAUAAGGAUUAUGACUUUCCUUGUGUUGGCUAGUCCUGUUGAAGUGAGACAUCUUGUCUCGGCUGCACUCUUUGGCUGUUUCUCAAGUGACAAAUAGUGACGUCAAAAGAAACCCCUCCCCUUUCCAUGACUCCUCUUCCUCACAUGAACAGCUGAGCCCCAGACUCACCUGUGCUCACGUGAGAGGAGGGGUGAGGAGGUAUUCAGGUCUGAGGAGGUGGUCAGGUCUGAGGAGGUGCUCAGUUGAGAGGAGGUAUUCAGGUCUGAGGAGGUGCUCAGUUGAGAGGAGGUGUUCAGGUCUGAGGAGGUCUGAGGAGGUGGUCAGGUCUGAGGAGGUGCUCAGUUGAGAGGAGGUAUUCAGGUCUGAGGAGGUGCUCAGUUGAGAGGAGGUAUUCAGGUCUGAGGAGGUCUGAGAAGGUGGUCAGGUCUGAGGAGGUGCUCAGUUGAGAGGAGGUAUUCAGGUCUGAGGAGGUCUGAGGAGGUGGUCAGGUCUGAGGAGGUGCUCAGUUGAGAGGAGGUGUUCAGGUCUGAGGAGGUCUGAGGAGGUGGUCAGGUCUGAGGAGGUGCUCAGUCGAGAGGAGGUGUUCAGGUCUGAGGAGGUCACAGUGACUGAAGGAUUCUACUUUUCCUCCUGUGGAUGUGUCGACAGCAGCUAAAUGUAGGAGAAGAGUUUGACACCCGUCUUAAACUGCUGUGAGGGCGCAGGACGUGAGACAGGAUGAGGACAGAUCUCAGGUUGGCUCUGCUCUUGCUGCUGUCUGCAGCUGUUGAGUCCAACAUCAUGUCUCCACCAGGGAAACCAGUCCUCCUCGGCUGCAGGUCACCUGAGAAGGAGACAUUUACCUGCUGGUGGGAGCCGGGCUCUGGAGGCGGGCUGCCGACUACGCAUCGCUUCUUCUAUGAGAGAGAAAGACUGGAGGGAACACACGAGUGUCCUGACUACCUCUCUGCAGGGAAGAACUCCUGCUUCUUUGACAAGGGCCACACCUCCAUCUGGGUGGAUUAUUAUCUGACAGUCGUGGCCUCCAAUGCAUUAGGGAACGCCACUUCAGACCCCUUUAAGAUCGAUGUCAUGGAGAUUGUGAUGCCCGACGCUCCUGGAAACAUCAGCCUGCAGGUGAUGAAGAGGGAGGACCACCCGUAUCUCCACGUCCGGUGGGAGAGGCCCCAAAACACAGACACCGAGUCAGGAUGGGUCACCAUUAAAUAUGAACUCAGAUUUAAACAAGAGGACGGCAACGAGUGGAAGGAGUACGCGUCAGGAACACAAACACAAUUCAACCUGUACAACAUCGAUCCCGGGCUGACGUACGUGGUUCAGGUUCGCUGCAGGUUAGACCACAGCCUCUGGAGCGAGUGGAGCAACUCUACCUCGGUGGAAACCUUUAACUAUCGUCAGAGGGAGAAACCCCGCUGGAUAUUGCUCUCCAGCCUCUCUACAGUUCCGUUUCUAACACUGUGUGUCUUGGUCAUGAAGAGGAAAUAUGUGAAGCAGUGUCUUCUGCCUCCUGUUCCUGGUCCAAAGAUACGAGGAAUUGACGUUCAGCUUCUCAAGAGCGGACGAUCUGAAGAUGUCAACAACGCCCUGAUCAUCAACCAGACCUUUCCUUCUGUGUCGGCCUGGAAGGACGAGAGCGAGGACUAUUUAAUCGUGUCUGAUGACGUGUGUCUGCCCGACUCGCCCAGCUCUCCAAAAAGAAAGAAAAGCUUGAGUAUUGCUGCCGGCCUCCUCUUAGACUUUGAAAGCCACUGCCAGGAGCUGUCCCCGAGCCAAAUGGACAGGGAGAAGGCCGAGGAAAGAAAGAAUGAAAUAAAUAACUUUACAAACAGCCAUUGGUCUCUCUCGGGAGCAGGUCUAUUUCAAAAGGAGACACUGCAAGAGGCCGCAGAUCAGAGGUGGUCGAGCCGCGACCCUGCUGAGAGCAGUGUCCAGCUUCUCUCAAUCUGCGGUUACGUGGAUAUUCACAGACAUAAGAACCCGCAGGAGGUGGAUGUGAGCGAGGUGGACUACACCAGAGUGAAGGAGGUGAACGGUGACAAUAUUCUCCUCCCCCAUAAAGACAGAGUCCAUGGCUGUGUGGAUGUUCAGACGCGAGAGGAGAACAUACCAGAGGACUACAGCAGGGUGGAGGAGGUGGUCGGAGACAAUCAGCUCCUCCUGCAGAGACAAAGCGCCUCCUCUGACUCCUGGGAGAAGAGUGACCGCUACACAGUGUUCACCAACAAGAAGCCGAGGUAUCCUCAUGAACCUGGAGCCGGUGUAACUAAAGUGGGCCCAGAACUAAUCGUUGGUGAAUAUGUUGAUACUUUCCCAACACCGCCUUUAAUGUAAAGUGUAAUUUCACAAGAAAUGUCCAAAAUAAAAAAAGACAGAUGAUCCAAGUGACAAUUAAAUGAGCCAUAUUCUGCUCAUAAUCAGGUUCAUAGUUUACGUUAUUACUUGAAAAGGUUUACAAGCUCUAAUGUUAAAAAACAACACAUCACUUUCCUCAGACUGUCCAUUGCUGCACCUCCUCUUUGCACCUCCUCUUUUCACCCCCUCUCUGAAACACUUGAUUUCAGCUCCUGUCUCUUUAAGGCCUCCUGAUUAAACCAAGUCUGCUCUGAUUGGUCAGCUGGCCCAGUGUUUUGAUUGGUCGUGGUCACCAGAGGAAGAACCAUGCUAACUUGGAUGAUCCCCUGUUAACGUGUGGUUCAAAGUGAAUAUAUAAUAAUACAUUGUGUCAACUAUCAAAUGCAGAUAUUCACGGUUUCUUGAGGAUGAAUUUUUGACCAUCCUCACACUUUAGUGUAUAUGCCACAAUAAUUCUGUAUAUGAUAUCUGUACAGGAGAAUAGAGCCGGUCUAAUUCCACAGAUACUCCCUUCGCUCUCUAAGCAGUACCCAAGCUAAUUCAGUUUAAGUUACACUGAAAAGUUGUUAGCAGGAAAUUAUGAUUCAUUUCGGAAAGAAAUGGAGAAUCAUCGCACGAUUAGUUGUUGGUUAAAAUGUUAUUUAAUGCCUUUGCUGCUUUUAGGUUUUGCAUGACACAGAACGCAACUGAUGACUUCUUUAGUAAACACAUAUUUAAGUGAGGAAUUCAAAAACCGAAGUCCUUGACUUUGAGACCAAAAUCAUUUUGGAAUGAAACAUUUCACAUGUGAAGCCAACAAAGGAACCUUUAACUUACAUUGUACAAAAGUAUUUAAAGACAAUCUAUUUUUUGAAAUGAUUUAUUUAGGGAGUGAGAUCAUUCAAAUAUUAAACAUCUUAUGAUUUGUUUGUUUCAUGGAAACAAAGACGGCAGACUCAGCUUUGUCAAACAUUUGUUUUGUGCAGUUUCAGCUUUGUGUCUGGUCUCGUGUGGCACUUUGCAAAGAGCAGUGAUUCUUUUGGCCUCAGGUUAAUGACAGACGCUUUAAGAAUCAGAAGCAUGUCUGCGUCACGGCUCUAUUAAUGAACUGAAGCCGUAAAAAAAUUAUCCCAUGAAAAUAAAUUAUUUUCUUUAAUCGAAAUAAAGAAAUGUCAGGAAUAACUGAAUAUACUAAAUUCAGAUCAAAAUUCAGUUAAACAUUGACAAAUAAUAA